CCGUCGCCCGCCGCGGCCCGCGGCCAUGGAUCUGCUCCGCGCGAGCCUCCACAAGGUCCGCAUCCCGGAGCCCACCAACCGCAUCCACAAGGACGAGUGCUGCGUCUCCUUCGACACCCCCAGGUCGGAUGGCGGGCUGUACGUGGACAUGAACUCGUUCCUGGCGUUCGGGAGGGACCACGUGGCCUGGAACUUCGAGAAGACGGAGAACCCCGUGUACCUCCGCAUCGUGCAGCGCCGGAAGCCCGACCCCGAGGAGGCGGAUCGCCCGCUCAAGAAGCCCACCCUGCUCGCCAUCGGAGUGGAGGGAGGUUUUUCUGAACAAGAACCUGAGUAUGACGUUACUUAUGAAAUUGUUGUCUUGCCUGAAUUUGCUUCUCUCCCAUUUCCAUCAGUUGACUUGCCAGAGAAGGUUAGGCUCGCAGUUGAUAAAGUUAUACUUGCUGAAAGUGCUGAUAGAAAGCAACAACUGGCUUCAUGGGUGGCUGACAAGAAGCUAAUCAGUGCACAUGCUAUGGAUCUGCAACAACUAGACAAUGGUGUAAUUGUGCCUCCUAAUGGAUGGAAGUGUAGCAAGUGUGAUAAAACAGAGAAUCUCUGGUUAAAUUUAACCGAUGGUAUGAUCCUCUGUGGGAGGAAGGUCUGGGAUGGAAGUGGUGGGAAUAAUCAUGCUGUUGAACACUACCAGCAGACUAAAUAUCCUCUAGCGGUAAAGCUUGGAACAAUUACUGCUGAUUUGGAAGGAGCAGACGUUUACUCAUACCCGGAAGAUGACAGCGUUGAAGAUCCACUAUUGGCUCAGCACUUAUCACAUUUUGGUAUCGAUUUUUCUUCACUCCAAAAGACUGAGAUGACCACUGCCGAAAGAGAACUUGACCACAACACAAAUUUUGAUUGGAAUAGAAUACAAGAAAGUGGCAAAGAUGCUGAACCUUUAUAUGGACCGGGCUAUACUGGCCUUGUAAACCUUGGAAAUAGUUGCUAUAUGGCUUCAAUAAUGCAAGUUAUGUUUUCAACCCAUCCAUUUAUAUCAAGGUACUUCGAGAAGCAGAGUUUGAAAGCAGCAUUCGCAAUGUCCCAAGCUGAUCCAACAUUGGAUGUUAACAUGCAAAUGACAAAGUUGGCGCAUGGUAUACUCUCUGGUAAAUAUUCUAAGCCCAAUCAGGAGGGACAAGUAGGAAUACGUCCCCGUAUGUUCAAGUCUGUUAUUGCAGCAAGUCAUCCUGAGUUUUCCAGUAUGAGGCAACAGGAUGCCCUGGACUUCUUCCUUCAUCUUAUUGAAAAAGUUGAUCAGGCAAACCAUGGAGACCACCAGUCAAAUCCCUUUUCAGGUUUCAAGUUCAUUGUUGAGCACCGGGUUCAAUGCCCUUCUGGCAAAGUUUCUUACAACACACAUUCUGAAAACAAUCUUUCUUUGAGCAUACCGUUGCACGAAGCGACUAACAAAGAGCAGCUAGAAGCGUUUCAUGAGAAGAAAGCUGCAAUGGACUUGGAUGGAAAGGAAGUGUCUAGUGAGGAAAUUGUGAGGCCAAGAGUCCCACUAGAGGCAUGCUUAGCAAGUUUUUCAGGCGAAGACGAAGUUCCUGAUUUUUACAGCACUGCAUUAAAUUCAAAGACAACAGCAAUUAAGACUACUGGCCUUAAAACUUUUCCUGAUUACCUGGUGCUGCAGAUGCGUAAGUUUGUAAUGGGGGAAGGAUGGGUGCCAAAGAAACUCGAUGUUUAUAUUGAUGUGCCUGAUAUAAUCGAUAUAUCGCACAUGCGCAGCAAAGGUGUACAGCCUGGGGAAGAGCUACUACCUGAAGGAGCUUCUUCUGGUGACAAAGUAGAACCUGCUCGUCCUGUUGCCAAUGAGGACAUUGUGUCCCACCUUGCAAGCAUGGGGUUCAAUUAUGUUCGCUGUCAGAAAGCUGCUAUAAAUACAUCGAAUACAGGUGUUGAGGAGGCGAUGAAUUGGCUCCUCUCACACAUGGAUGAUCCAGAUAUUGAUGAUCCGAUAUCUCAAGAUCCAACGUCUGCUGAAAGCACUAUUGAUGAAGCAAGUGUUCAAACUCUUAUAUCCUUUGGAUUUCAAGAAGAUGUUGCCCGGAUGGCCUUGAAAGCUUCCGGUGGGAAUAUUGAGAGAGCCACGGACUGGGUUUUCAACAACCCUGAUGCAUCUAGCUCCGUCUCUGCUGAUUCUUCAGCAAGUAAUGUAAAAGAUGAGGAUCCAUACAUAACAGAUGGAAGUGGCAGAUACAAGCUGAUGGCGUUUGUGAGCCAUAUGGGCACCUCUACCCAUUGUGGGCACUAUGUGGCCCAUGUCCUCAAAGACGGGAGGUGGGCAAUCUUCAACGACAGCAAGGUAGCUGCAUCUGUUGACCUGCCCAAGGAUAUGGGAUACCUCUAUUUCUUUCAGAGGAUUAGCAGUUGAAGCAGACAUCACGGGCAAAGAAUGAAGUCAUAGUUCAAGCACGCCUAUCUUUUGCAAAUCUUUUUAAAGGAUUGUUUUGCCGUGCUGGUUGUAGACUGGUCACCUAGGAAGCUGCUUUGUUGGUUUAGACAUUAUGCAUUGGCAACUAAAGUACGUUUAUGCUAGUACCAUGUGACUGUUCAUGCAAUGGAAGGAAUGGAUGGUUGUAUUGGAGUCA